AUGCUGGCCCUUCAGCGAGCUUCUGCUCUCUUGGUUCUAUUCCUCUCAGCCUUUGUGCCCCCGCCGCGGUGUGCUCAGGACCCAGGCAUGGUGCACUACAUCUACCAGCGCUUUCACGUCUUAGAGCAAGGACUGCAAAAAUGUACCCAAACAACAAGAGAAUACAUUCAAGACUUCCGUGAGUUCUCAAAAAACAUAUCCGUUAUGCUGGGGCAAUGCCUCACCUACACAAAUGAGUACAAGAGUGCAGUGAACAACCUGGCCCUGAGGGUCGAGCGCGCCCAGCGGGAGAUUGACUACCUAGAGUACCUUCGGGAAGCAGACAUGUGCGUGGAAUCAGAGGACAAGACGCUGGCAGAAAAGCUACUCCAAGAAGCUGAAGAAGAGAAGAAGAUCCAGACUCUGCUGAAUGCAAGCUGUGACAACAUGCUGAUGGGCAUAAAGUCUCUGAAAAUAGUGAAGAAGACUCUGGACACAGAUGGCUCUUGGAUGAAAGAUGCUGUCAGCGACUCUCCAAAGGUUUAUUUCUUAAUCGGAUCCAGAAACAACACCGUUUGGGAAUUUGCAAACAUGCGGGCACUCCUGGAGGAUAGCACCAAGCUAGGCCCCCGGAAGUUGGUCUUACCACAAUCCUGGCAGGGAACAGGCCAAGUGGUCUACAAAGGUUUCCUAUUUUUUCAUAACCAAGGGACUCCCAACGAGAUAAUCAAGUAUAGCCUGCAGAAGAGGACUGUGGAGGAUCGAAUGCUGCUCCCAGGAGGGGCAGGCCGAGCCCUGGUCUAUCAGCACUCCCCUUCAACUUACAUUGACCUGGCUGUGGAUGAGCAUGGGCUCUGGGCCAUCCACGCAGGGCCAGGCCUCCAUGGCCAUUUGGUUCUCACAAAAAUUGAGCCUGGCACGCUCGGAGUGGAACACUCAUGGGACACUCCAUGCAGAAGCCAGGAUGCGGAAGCUGGGUUCCUCUUGUGUGGGGUCCUCUAUGUGGUCUAUAGUUCCGGCGGCCAUGGCCCGCAUCACGUCACCUGUGUUUAUGACCCACGGGGCACUAUCAGUGAGGAGGAUCUGCCCAACGUGUUCUUUCCCAGGCGGCCGAGAAGUCAUUCCAUGAUCCAUUACAAUGCCAGAGAUAAGCAGCUCUACGCCUGGAAUGAUGGAAACCAGAUCAUUUACAAACUCCAGACCAAGAGAAAGCAGCCUGUGAAGUAA